AUGGCAGCGGCGACUGCGGGCUACGAGUGGAACCGCUCUUCGCCGCUGCGCUCUUCACCCGACACGUCGUCCUCCAUGUACCCCGACCGGCCCAUUCGUCCUCUGCCCACCCGUUCUCUGCGCGCGCGGCUCUCUCCCGAGCAGGCUGAGACGAUAGUGUAUCCGCACAACCCUCCCCCAGCCGUCCCGCUCUUCAACUACCCCUACACGGCCGAGGAGCGCGUUCGCCCCCAUCGCACGGGGGCCAACGACCACCAUGCUUGCCACUGCGGACACACACAUUCCGAGGUGGAGAGCGAGGAGGAAGAGGACGAACGGAAUGGGCCGAUGCCUUCGUCGCCGAGCUACCAGUACAGCAGACACGCGUCUGGCAAGCCGGCGGCGGGCGUGACGGGUGCCUAUCGCAAGCCAGGUUCGCCUUCGUCUUCGGUAGAUGGCUAUGAGUCAUUCGAGAACACAAACAACAAGAAGAAGCGCAAGAUCCCGAACAUGGGCAGCAACGGCUCACACCACGCCAGUCUCUCAGCGGACCUGGCAAGCGUGGGUGUCGCACACGCUCACGAGACAAGCGCCAUGGACGAGGCGGACGGCGCUGGGCGGUAUUGCGGCUCAGCGCCCUCGACACCGCAGCACAACAGCACAACCCCUUCCGGAACAGGCAUCUCGGGCGCAGGCAGAGGGCGUUUCGGCCGCCCUGGCUCGGGACGGCCAGAGAGGCGAGUAUUGGCCAAUUCGACCAAUCUCGCCAACGCCCAGGCAAACAGCAAACGACCCCCGGAGCAAAGCGGCAUCAUCUCGACUGCCAUUGCCAACGCCCAAGCCACCCCGCCACCCCACGGUAACGAGAACGUGAGCCUGCUGCAACAGGAAGCCGCAAAGCAGAGCGCGAACAAGACACAAUUUACCUUUACCUGCGGCUCUGAUUCGGCCAACAAGAUGGUCUGGCCGGGCCAGGAAAAUGGCCAGUAUCCCCAUCCCCCAGGCGCCUACCCCAGCACUGCAGCUGCUCCUGCGCCACACGCCCAGCCUGCUCGCGCCCGCCCUCCCGUCCGCCCAGAUGCUCCAAUGGUGUCUACUCAGGGCACCCAGACCAGCCCAAUCAUGAAUGGUGCAGGAGCAUACCCUCCCCCGCCCCUUCCCAAUGGCACUGCACGUCGGCCAACGGGCCCCCCACCACCACAACAGGUUCCCCCGCCGCGGAAGCCACGUCGUAGUGCGACCAAAUUGUACGAGUACGCCGCCCGCAAACGUCGUAUCCAGCAAGAGUACGCCAAUUUUCACAACCCACCAAGCCAGCCAUGGAUCUGCGAGUUCUGCGAAUACGAAGACAUCUUCGGUCAUCCCCCGAUGGCUCUGAUUCGACAGUAUGAGAUCAAGGACAGGAAGGAACGCAAGCGUCUGGCCGAGAAGCGACGUCUGCUGGAGAAGGCCAGGAUGAAGGGACGCAAGGGCAAGAAGGCGAGCAAAAAGGCGCAGAACAAUGCCAACAACGCUCAGCACAACCAGAACCCCCCUCCUGGUGGCUACGACCGCCGCGACGACGAAGGUUCAUUAGACCCUCAAGACGAGUAUUACGAUGACGAUUACGACGACCAAUCCAUCACUACUUGUCCCCACGGCUGCCAGCACCAUGUGCACCCCUCCCAUCCACCUCCGCAGAAGGUGCCGGGAUUGCCUCCGGGCGAUCCCCGAGUGGGAGGGCCGCCCGUGACCAAUGGCGCCUAA